CGCUGCCUUCCCUCAGCGCGGCGUUUCCGGCGCGGUCGCUGUGACGCGGCGGCGGCGCCGGGGCGGUCCGGCGGGCGGGCGGGCGGUGGGAGAUGGCGGAGUACCUGGCCUCCAUCUUCGGCACCGAGAAGGACAAGGUGCGGAGGAUUUCCCCGACUGCUGCAUCCUGAUCCUACAGGCUUCUGCCUGCAGCCUUCCACGCGUCCGGGAACGCCUCUAGUUUCUCUGGUUGUUGGAAGCACACACACAAAACCCUCCUAACGAAAAUUUGGUCACCACCGGCCUGACCAAACCGGCGUGUUUUUCCACUCGUAAAAAUGAAAAGGGGGCAUCGAUGUGCUGCUGGACUAAAUUACUCUUGUCAGCCCCUGGCCGUGGGGCUUCUGCUGUGCUCUGUAGCGCUGCCAUUCCAGGAAAGCAGUGUCGGCAGCCUCUCUUUUGAGCUCUGUUACUGUAGCAUCCUCUCACACAAAGGAGAUACAUAGGAAUUUAAUGCUUUGCAGUCUCAGAGUUUUAAUCGGGCAUGAAAUUCCUGUGCAGCUCUUGUUUUCUGUUAAAAAAGGCAAACGGAACCUUCCAGAAGGUGCUGAAGUUGGAGGCACUAUUGGAAAUUUUGUAGUUAGGUGUUUCUUUUUGUUUCAGGUUAGAGUUCAGAAAAGACAAGUCAACUGCUCAUUUUAUUUCAAAAUUGGAGCUUGUCGCCAUGGAGACAGAUGUUCUCGGUUGCACAACAAACCAACAUUUAGCCAGACCAUUGCCCUCUUGAACAUUUACCGUAACCCUCAAAACUCUUCCCAGUCUGCUGACGGUUUGCGCUGUGCUGUGAGCGAUGUGGAGAUGCAGGAACAUUACGAUGAGUUCUUUGAGGAGGUCUUCACAGAAAUGGAGGAGAAAUACGGUGAAGUUGAGGAGAUGAACGUCUGUGAUAACCUUGGAGAUCAUCUAGUUGGAAAUGUAUACGUAAAGUUCCGCCGUGAAGAAGAUGCAGAGAAGGCCGUGAUCGACCUGAACAACCGCUGGUUCAACGGGCAGCCCAUCCAUGCCGAGCUCUCCCCUGUGACUGACUUCAGAGAGGCCUGCUGCCGUCAAUACGAGAUGGGAGAGUGUACACGAGGAGGUUUCUGCAACUUUAUGCAUUUGAAGCCCAUUUCUCGAGAGUUAAGGCGCGAGUUGUAUGGGCGGCGUCGUAAAAAGCAUCGAUCCAGGUCGAGGUCCCGCGAGCGCCGGUCGAGAUCCAGAGAUCGCGGCCGUGGAGGAGGCGGCGGCGGCCGCGAGCGCGACAGGAGGCGGUCGAGGGACCGCGAGCGAUCCGGUCGAUUCUGAGCCAUGCCAUUUUUACUGUAUGUCUGCUAGAAAGUGUUGUAGUUUGACCAAACAAGUUCAUAAUGACAUUUUUUUUAAAGAUGGGCUUCUGAAUAAAAAAUUUGUAGUGAUACAGUA